AUGGAUUCCAGUGUUAAAAGUUCAUCAUCCUUAUUGGCUGAUCCAAUAUUUAAAAAUCAUCGAUGUCCAAGCGGGAGCGACAGGGUGUUUUCUGUGUAUGAAGUGUUUUCUGUGUAUAGGGUGUUUUCUGUGUAUGAAGUGUUUUCUGUGUAUAGGGGUUUUUCUGUGUAUGAGGGUGUUUCUGUGGUGUUUUCUGUGUAUAGGGUGUUUUCUGUGAAUAGGGUGUUUUCUGUGUAUGAAGAGUUUUCUGUGUAUAAAGUGUUUUCUGUGUAUAGGGUGUUUUCUGUGUAUGAAGUGUUUUCUGUGUAUAGGGUGUUUUCUGUGUAUGAAGUGUUUUCUGUGUAUAGGGUGUUUUCUGUGUAUGAAGUGUUUUCUGUGUAUAGGGUGUAUUUUGUGUAUGAAGUGUUUUCUGUGUAUAGGGUGUUUUUUGUGUAUGAAGUGUUUUCUGUGUAUAGGGGUGUUUCUGUAUAUGAUGUGUUUUCUGUGUAUAGGGUGUUUUCUGUGUAUGAAGUGUUUUCCGUGUAUGAAAUGUUUUCUGAAUAUGAAGUGUUUUUCUGUGUGUUUUCUGUGUAUGAAGUGUUUUCUGUGUAUAGGGUGUUUUCUGUGUAUGAAGGUGUUUUUGUGUAUAGGGUGUUUUCUGUGUAUGGAGUGUUUUCUGUGUAUGAAGUGUUUUUGUAUUGGGUGUUUUCUAAGAAUGAAGUGUUUUUUGUGUAUAGGGUGUUUUCUUUGUAUGAAGUGGUUCCUUGGGUGUUUUCUGUGUAUGUGGGGUGUUUUAUGUAUAGAAGGUAUUCUGUGUAUAGGGUGUUUUAUGUGUAUGAAGGUGUUUUCUGUGUAUAG